AUGCUAUCCCGUAAUCUCAUAUCGAACCUAAGAGGCAUAGCUUCGAAAGCUGAAAAUCUCACUAUUAGAGCCGGAUUAGAUCUGAACCCUGGAAAAGUUGCAUUUGUAGAAGACACUAGGACAUAUUCAUAUGGCGAUUUCAUGAAUCGUACAGGUCAGUAUGUGAACAUCCUCAACAAUAAGUAUGGAAUUGGAAAAGGAGACCGUGUUCUAGCCAGAACAACGAAAUCCAUCGAUUCCGUGGCUCUGUAUAUAGCUUGUCUACGCUUGGGAGCUAUUUAUAUCCCUGUCAACCCAGCUUAUACACGUAAUGAAACUGCCCAUUACGUUAAGGAUUCGGCUCCAAAGCUGUUGGUCACAUGUGAUGAGGCAACUGAUCUAAUCUUCCGUGAGCAAAUUCCUAAUGUUAUUAGGGAGCAAGUGCUGGCUAAAGAAACUAGAAAUAAAAAACCUGAAAUGGAAGUAGAGAAUGUGGACUCUGACGACGUUGCUUGUGUAUGCUAUACCUCUGGCACCACAGGUUUACCAAAAGGAGCUAUGCUUACCCAUGGGUCGUUAUCAACAAAUGCUGAAGCAUUGGUUGAGAACUGGAGAUUCACUCAUGAUGACAAGUUAUUGCACACUUUACCGUUCUAUCAUGUUCAUGGAAUGUUCAUUUCACUCAACUGUUCUUUCUUUUCCCAUUCCACUGUUGUCUGGAGAGACAAAUUCAAUGUUGAUGAUGCUCUCAAAUGGAUGCCUCAUUGUACAGUAUUCAUGGGAGUCCCUACUUAUUAUACACGGUUACUGAAUCAUCCAAUGUUCACCACAUCCGCACAUCGUGCUAUAAGAUUGUUUGUCUCGGGUAGUGCUCCUCUCUCUCUCCCCAUGUGGGAACAAUUCCGGUCUACGACUGGUCAUACCAUUUUAGAACGAUACGGAAUGACGGAAGCUCAAGUUAUUUGUUCUAAUCUCUAUGAUGUAGACGGACGGAAGCCAGGGUCGGUUGGAAAGCCUUUGCGUGGAACCAAGCUUAGGAUUAACAGCACGGGUGGCAUAGAGAUACAAUCUGAUGCCUUAUUCGCCGGUUAUUGGAAGAAUCCAGAAAGAACAAAGAAAGAGUUCACUGAUGACGGGUACUUCAUUACUGGUGAUGUAGGUGAAUUUGAUAAUCAAGGUUUCAUUAAAAUCCUGGGUAGAAGUAAAGAUCUCGUUAUAACUGGAGGACUAAACGUGUAUCCAAAGGAAAUAGAAGAUGUCAUUGAUAAGUUGGAUGAAGUAGCUGAAAGUGCUAUCAUCGGAGUACCACACAAAGAGUUCGGGGAAGCCGUUGUCGCUGUGAUUGUCACUAAGAACCCGGUCGAUAGAGAGGCCUUUACUACUAAGGCCAUAACCCACCUUCGUGAACAACUAUCCGGCUAUAAGGUACCUAAGAAGGUUGUUUUCCUCCAAAGCUUACCUCGUAACUCCAUGGCUAAGGUGCAGAAAAAUGUGCUGCGAGAACAGUUCAAAGAUUCAUUCUAA